CGAAAACCCAAAGUAUAAGCAAAAAUGGGUCCUCCGUCUAUCAUUGUCCAUCUUGUUAUCGCAGUUUGCGUGGUAGCUUUAAGCUCAUCAUCCACAACUGCUGAAGGCUACGACGACUACUAUUCUCCUCCUCCACCUGUCAAAUACUCUUCGCCGCCACCACCUGCCUACUACUCUCCUCCACCUCCUAAGAAGGACGACGAAUACAAAUCUCCUCCUCCACCGGAAGUAAAGAAGUCUCCUCCACCACCACCUCCACGAAAGAAGCCACCCCCUCCACCCGCACCAAAGAAAUCUCCUCCGCCCCCACCUCCACGAAAGAAGUCGCCCCCUCCACCCGCACCAAAGAAAUCUCCUCCUCCACCGCCGCCACGAAAGAAGUCUCCACCUCCGCCACCGCCAAAGAAGUCUCCUCCGCCACCCUCGCCCGUGUACAAGUCGCCUCCUCCCCCACCAUCGCCUUACUACUACUAGGCCAAUAAGGACUCGUGAACUAUAAGGAAAAACGACAAAUAAACAAAGGCAUUUGAAUUGAGUUCAAUAAAGGAGACGACCAUAUGAUAUAUUGUAAUCUUCAACAAUAUAAUCUCAUCUAUUUGCUUCUAUCAUCUAUGGCUUUCAUUAUAUAAAAACCUUCCAAUCCUUCCUAUUGUACCACACAUCGCAA